AUGGCGGAGGAGCAAGACACGUAUCAACCAUGGAAAGCCUCUUUAUAUACAAUCCUCAGUAGUGCUCCCCUCUUGUCCCAUCCCAUCUUAGACAAGGAAGAUCAGACGACGUAAGCUUCACGAAGCAGUUAGAUAUUGGGGUUCUUCCAAGGAGAGAAGACGAUUCAAGUGUUCAUUGAGUAACAGGGAUCGAUAUAAUAUAUACAUAUAUAUUGCAAGUAAGAUGGCAAGCGUGGGGAGGAACGUAGCUAGCCCGUUGCUGUUUCUCAACCUGGUACUGUACUUCGUCGUCUUGGGUUUCGCUAGUUGGUGUGUUAACAGGUACAUCAAUGGCCAAACCAGUCACCCCAGUUUUGGAGGGAACGGAGCAACUGGGUUCUUCCUGACCUUCUCAAUUCUAGCCGCCGUGCUCGGAAUAGUGUCGAAGUUCGCCGGCGGAAACCACAUCAGGGCCUGGAGAAAUGACAGUCUAGCUGCCGCCUGUUCUUCCUCGUUGGUCGCAUGGGCCGUCACUGCGCUCGCUUUUGGGCUGGCGUGCAAGGAGAUAAACGUGGGAGGAUGGAGAGGAUGGAGGCUGAAGGUUCUGGAAGCGUUCGUCAUAAUCGUGGCGUUCACGGAGCUGCUCUACCUGCUGCUUCUUCACGCCGGCGUUUACAGCAGCCGGUACGGGCCGGGAUACCGGGACCCCGAUUACGGCCUCGGGGCUCCGGCCGGCGAUCCCGCUCUGAAGGGCGGCGGCGGCGGCGGCGCUGUGCCGGCAACUAGGGCUUAGCAGUUACCUAUAAAAAAACCUUCCUUUUCGUCGCGGUUGUUGCAUGAAGUCUGAAGUUGGGUUUGUGUAAAUGAUUAUAUGUGUAUAUAUAUAUAUAUAUAUAUAUGACGACUGUUUUGUGUGCAUUGCUG